CAUAGCAUAAGGAAGUUUCAUGAUAUUUCCGGCUCUGUAUGGAAAGAAGAUUCCCACUUGUAUAUUGUUCCAUUAGAUGACAAUGGAUUACAACAUUUACUAGCGGCACAUCCGGAAUUGAAAGAUGCUAAAGCAGAGCAUUGUGUUGAAAAUGCACCAUACUGCGGUAUUGCACACUAUCUUCCCAUUGGCCACAUGAUGAGAAAGAGUGUCUGGUUACCAGCUAGCCCAGUCAAUACAAUUGAUCCUGUCCAGUUCAAACUUGUGCAGAAUGUGAAACGAACAAAAUCUGUACGCCAUCUCAAAUUUUCUCUUCUUGGUUCUGAACGCAUGACUGUGUAUAUCCAACCAAAGAAAGGUGUCUUGCUCACCAAAUGGUCCUUACGUGGUAAAAUUGGAAAGUCAGCGGAUGUCAGCAAUGAUGGUGUUUAUUUCAUCAAUUACGGCCAUGGUUAUGCAACAUCACCCUGGGUAUUCUGGAUUGAACUAGAUACUACUAAUGCCGAAGAUGAUGGAACAGAUGCUAUUCUAAAUAUUGCAGUUGCUGCCCAUCAUUUCCACAAAGAUGACGUCAACAAAAGCAAAGAUCUACUGAAGUAUUUGAAGAAGGAUCCUGUUUGGGUGACAGCCACCAAAGCUAUUAGUACCUAUGAAUCAUGGGUAUUUUGAUGCAUCAUAGGAGUUUUUGAUUUGUUUUAAUUUGGGAGGAGACAGCAAGUUCAUUUAGUUAGUACCUAGGAUUUCAAGUUUGAUAUCGUUUAUGAUGUUUCUGUGGUUACAUGUAUAUUGUGUUCUUUAAUGUUUUAGGGAUCCGAAAUUCAAAGUGAAAUACUCACUAAAUCAAGAUGAGUCAGCUGGUUGACUUGUAGAGAGAGUGAGGAAGAUCUUCAAUGACAAAAUUAAAUUGUAUGUGAUUUGAUGCACAAACACAAAUUUUGUGCACCUGAUUUUUAUCUUUUUCUCACUUACUUUGUUUAUAAAUAUAUGUAUAAUUUGUUUUCACUGGUUCCAUACAUGAUGUAUGAUACAGCUUUUGCUAACCUGACAUUUGUCUCUCACCGAUCCCCAAUUUACGUCCCACUUGCGCUAUCACAAAUAACAUUUGGCUUGGACAUGUUACCAUUGUUUUCUAUGGCAAUGAUACAUCUCAAAAUGUGGUGAAAAAGGUGUAUAGUAUUUUACAGGGUAUAUUGUGAUGUCAAGCUGUGUUAACAAUUGACCAUAUUUUUAGAGUUUUGUAACGAGAACCGCUGAUAUGAUAUAUUAUUUUAUUUUAUUUUUUCAUGAAAAAAAAACUGAUUGAGAGUGGACCAAAGAAGUUCACAUACUGUUGAAAAUUGCCAGGACGAUUAAUUGUGGACAGAUUUUGAGACAAAAUGUUGUCACAGUGUGGAAACAUGCAUACAUAUGAAACUUAAACUUGCAAUGAAAGAUUAUUCACAUGUAUAUUGGUGACAAGAAUCAUUAGCUGCAGUCUCAUUUUGUCAUUGUAAUGAUUUUAUGGAAUGAAUAUGUGAAGUCUGCCCAACCAAGAAAGUAAAACAUAAUACCAAGGGAUACCAAGCUUGAAAAGAAACUCUUGGGUUGAAAUCUUUAUACAUUUAUAAUAAGUUAAUUGUUUUUUCCUUCUGGAAAUACUUUUAAUGUGAACAAGAACGAAACAACAAAUGUAACCAUUUACGCUUUAGAAAAUGGCUGCCAAUUACCUCAUAAUAUUGAAUUGAAUAUUGGUAGCAAGCCAACUUAAUAGUUUACAGUUAGAAAUACAAUGUAAUGUGUGAACAAUUAUAUACUCUAUGAAUAUUGCUAAUUGAUGUUGCUGCUUUUAGUGUUACUCAUAAUGUUAACAACCAGCAUUAGACAUGGACCAUAACAAUGUAACUUAUAUCUUUAAUUUUUGAGACUGAUUCACACAGAUUAAUCAAAGCUAGGUAGUUUAUUAAAUGUGGCGUUUAGCAAGCCCUCAAAAAAUUGUAAUUUUAAUCAGAUAAUCUUAUGCACAGACCAGUCUGAAGACAGAGUCAA